AUGGCUGCAAAGGAAACUGGAGCCCUUCAAGCUGCCAAGACUAAGCUUGAAAAGCAAGUGGAUGAACUCACAUGGAAACUGCAACUUGAGAAAAGCAUGAGGAGUCAAGAUAUGCGCUUGUUCUUCAUUUUCAGACUCGAAGAGACAUUAGAGGAUGUGAAAUUUGAAAAUCAACUUUUGAAGCCAUCUGUCUUAAACACGCCUGUUAAGACAGCACCAGGACGUUUCCCUACUACUAGCGACAAAAACCAACUCAAUGGAGCUGAGUUUACAAGGAUACAAGAAUCAGAAUCUGACACUAAGUCGAGGGGAUCCCAUAUUGAUCCUCGACAUGAGGAUGUAGAUGCCCUUAUCAACUGUGUCACAAAGAAUGUUGGAUUCAGCCAGGGGAAGCCUGUCGCGGCAUUUACCAUCUACAAAUGUCUUCUUCAUUGGAAAUCUUUUGAAGCAGAAAGAACCAAUUUGUUUGAUCGUCUUGUUCAAAUGAUUGGUUCUGCUAUCAAGGAUGAAGAUGACAACGCUAACUUGGCAUAUUGGUUAUCCAAUACCUCGACCUUAUUGUUCAUGCUCCAACAAAGUCUCAAAUCUGGUGGAACUCCAUUUCCAAAGUCGCCUUCCUUGGUUCGAUGGAUGACCAAGGUUUGCAAGUAUUUCUUGGAUGCGGUGGAAAAGAAACAGUAUGGUUGGUUCUGGGUUUGCCCCAAUGGUGCCAAAGAGUGUCAUUACAGACACGCACUUCCUCCGGGAUAUAUCCUUAAAUCUCAGAUGAAAGCCCUCUUGGAAGAGGAAUCAAAGAAGAUGCCAGUUGAGGAAGAAAUCGAAAACGAGCGUGCAAAAUUGAAAACCGCAACACAGAUGACUCCGGCGCUAUUUAUGGAAUGGAAGAGGAAGAAGAUAGCUGAGAGAGAUGCAGGUUUGGCUACAUCUCGAACGGAGAGAGCUAAGAACGACCGUAUGAGUGAUUCAUUAUGUGGAUUAUGUAAUCUCAGUGGUCGGGAGCUGUUUCUGUCGAAUGCAAGCUUGUUUGUGGAUGACGCUGAGGCUUUUGAAGAAUACCAGAGGGAAAAAGAAGAGGAAGAGACUGAACAGAAGGCCAAGAACAAAGAAACAGACGCAGGGACAAGCAAGGGUAGUGGUGAUGCUGAACAGACAAGCUUGUCGAAAACAUCGAUUCAGAUUCGUGAACCAAACAAUGAAGGGUCGUCAUCUUGA